GAGUUGUAGUGGUGCUAUAAACAACGAUCCUUUUUUUGGCCAAUGUCAAUGUAAGGCCGCCUGCCGGGCCCGACCCACCUGUCUGAGCAUGGCUCACAGCGACGAGACCAGCGAGUGUCGCCUAUCCGCUCAGCUCCCGCUGUUCAACCGCACCGAGCCGAGCGGCGAGAACUGGCUGGUCCACUACCGUAAAAUCCCAGGCUCACCGAGGCACCUCUGCUCCCGUCACAGCGACUGCGUCCACAUGGAUGGUCCCCACGGGUGCUACGGAAAGAAAGGCGAUCAGAAGUGUUGGUGUGAGCGCGACUUCCGGCUCCAGGUGGCCUCCUGCUGCGUCAACACGCGCUGGGGCGACUUCGAGCAGGGCCUCUCCGGCGAGCCGGAUCCGGAGUCGCGACUGGAGCAGGUCCCCUUCGACCCGGAACGGUGUCGGAGGCUGUGCGAGCAGACCGCCGGCUGUCUGCUGGUGGCUCUCGGCGUUCAGGAUCAGCAGCCCGUCUGCCAGCUGUUCGCCAGUGUUCGGCCCUCCUCUGAGCGCGAAACCGUCCAACAAGUCGGCCGGUUGUCGGCCCCUGAAGAUGCUCCUUCAGAGACAGAUAGCAAUCUUGAUGGAGACACUCAGGCUGGAGUAUCGACUAAGGACGUCAAAGUGGAAGUUCAGGCCUUUCGCUUUCGACGCGAUACGCCGCCUGAAAACUAUGUUAAAGCUGACGAUGGCCGAUGGUUUCUGAUGGGACUUAACAAAUCAACUGCCAUGGAGGGGAGCGCAUAUUGCAUCAGGAACUGGGGCAUUCUGUAUCCCGCCCAUUCUCUUCAAGACACGAAGAAUGUGCUGGCUCUGCUUGAUGGCAACAACUUCAAGAUGCUGAGCUACGAUAACCUGAUUUACGUUGGCAUUGACCGCGGCGCUGACCCUUUAGCUGACAACACCAUACCCUUUAUCACUUCAGACACCCAGCUGACCAUCACUUCAUGGGCGCCAGAGGAGCCGAACCUGCUGGCCCAGGAACAGUGCGCUGUUGUUCACACCGGCACAUCCCUUCUGCAUGACGUCACCUGCGACCGUCGACUGCCGUUCGUCUGCCAGCGGGUCGGGCGCAGAAUCUCGGGGUGGAAACAGUGGUCGGAGCACGACAACACCCUCACAGUGGAUCUGGGAGGCCCACAUCAGAUCCACGCAGUGACCUACACCGGCGGCUCUGACAGCCAGCGGCAGGCGGUCACGGUCACCACAUCCCUGCAGCUGGGACGGUGGAUGCCGUGCGCGCGCGCUGAGCCCUGGGGAGCGGCGCCUCAGGGGCUGGCCCGACUGCUGACCUGUGACCGAGUCACCUUCGGCCGCUACGUGCACCUGCACUUUGAGAGGGCAGUGAGAGUCAGGGGAAAUCCGAGCGUGUUUGGCAUUCCUGUUUUUGGCAAGUAGGCGGCGGACCUUGACUUGCGGCACUUGAAAGCAAUCAUUCAAUCGCAUACCAAGAGCAUUUACUUUUUCUUUGAUGUAUAAAGAUCACUACGCCACAAGCACACAUGCAUACACACAACAUAUUCACGUGUACCCAAGCAUUUGUUUGACGAAAGCAAAAAGUAAGAGAUGAGCAGCCGCGUAGAAUAAAACUGGUGGACAUUGACCCAAC